AUGCAUACUGUUCUCUCGCUCAUACCGCAUCUACCAAAUGAAGAACCGAUAUUUUUCACGAGCACGACAUACCCACCGAAAAGAAAGAAGAGCAAGCUAUUGGCUUGGUUCGAUUUUGUGAAAGAGGAUGACUGUGCUAAAAUUAUGACAUGGGUGACAGUUGAUGAGAACUAUCGCUUCAGCGGUACAAAAUAUGUACCGUAUAAACGCAAAGGACUACGUAUAGCCAGAUUGAGUUCAGUGAAUCCGAAAAUGCUUGAAUUAUACGCUGUCAGGAAACUUCUGCUGUACAAAAAAGGUUUAUGUGCUGGAUAUAUGCGACUUCGACCGGGUGAAGAAGAGCAUGCAGCUUGGUUGCAGGUGGCUGGAGAAGGGACGAAUUUCACUCCCGACGGUGUGGAUAUCGAAAUACCAGUUGACAUGUGCAUGGAGAGUGAAGAAGACGUCAUUAGAUGGAUGUACACUAAUGAGGUACAAGGUGAAUGUGUGGAGUUGUUUGCUGUCGAUACUCCGGCGUCUGAAGACGAAGAUCUUGUGGGAAUGCCGUGUGAUGACGAAGAACUUAUACAUCAUCUCACUCCAAUGUCUGAGUAUAAGUUGAAGACAAUCAAUAAAAGUCAAGGUCAGAAGUUCAACAAAGUUGGAAUUAUUAUGCGGACACCUUCAUUUGCUCACGGGAGCACUUAUGUUGCGCUGUCGAGAGCGCGUUCGAGGGAUUUUGCGCAUAUAACUACCAGUUCUCGUCGAAAGGUCCGCCAGUCUUUGAGGAUUAAAAAUGUUGUGUACGAGAACUGA